UGAAAAACAAACCACUCUUGUUUGGUCUCACCAUUAAGUCCCACCUUGACCCGCGGCUUAUAGACUUGUGUUGACUUAAGUUUUUUAUGUUGUUGACACUUGGUUUUGUGUUUGAUCAGUUAAAUCACAUGUAUUCAGGGCAUCAGCUGGGGAUAUUUAACUGAGGCAGAGAUCAGACCUGACAUCCAGACGGACGAGGAACAAGGAACGAGACUACUCCACUACUUCACCUGAGAUUAUAUUCCAGCUGCAGAGUGCUGUGAGAGCCUGAACCAUGCGUCCUGUUGUGGUUACUGCCAUCCUUCUUCUGGUGGUGCUGAUGUCCAUUUCGGACUCCGAAGCCGGGGAUCCUGCAGAAAUGUGUAAGACCAAAUAUCCGGCCACACCGUGUAGAAACAAGAACCUCGGUGAAGGCUGGUUCCAGAUGGGUAACAACCGCUGUGUGAAGGCGUUCUUCAAAACUCCGCAUUUGAGCCAUUCUGAUGCAGAGAAUGCCUGUGGAAAAUUCCCAAAGGGCCAUCUGGUAUCUAUCCUGGAUGGAGAGGAGAUGAAUCAAGUCCAAUGUGCCAUGUACAGAGCCACCACCGGGAAAGCUCACUACUGGAUUGGAAUGUACCGUAAAGAGGUGGUUGGAAGAACUCGUAAGUGGGCUUGGACGGAUGGCAAUUUUAUUGCUUAUACCAAGUGGGCUCGUGGCCAGCCUGACAACUUUCUGUUUAGAGAGGGGUGCAUUGAGAUGAACUAUUGGGACUGGGGACUCUGGAACGAUGCAAACUGUAAUUUGAAGAGGCCCUACGUGUGUUUAGUUAAUGUCAAAGAUGACUAGGAUAUCAGUGGUUGGCUCAGUCUGGUUAAAAAGUAACCACUGCAAGCUUUUACAUUUACUGCAAUAAAUAUUCACCAUUAUAAAACA